GUUUGUGUGUACAUGUCAAAACCAAAGAUAAGUAUUAAAUGUCAAAACAAAUGUUAGUGAAAUGAAAUGUCUCAGUCGGUCGGCUUUGAUGAUUCACCGCAUUUUAACAAAUGUUAGUAAGUCCAGCUAUAAGUAUAAUAAAGGUGUUUAUAAAGUCCGCAAAACGUCAAAAGAUGGACAUAACAAGGAGUUUCCACAGCUAUGCCUGGUGCAAGCCAGACUGGUGCUACCCUAGUAUGAGUAAGGAGAGCAAUGAGUUGCUUCGGCAAUGCGCGGCGAAUGAUGUCGAAGGAAUCAACAAAGACCUCCCCAUUGACACCCCCGGGUGCAGGCCAGACCAGUGCGACACCAGCAUGACUAAGGAGACCAAUGAUGUCGAAGAAAUCAUCAAGAAGAGCAAAGCCUUCCCCAUACCGUUCCCCAUUCAGACAGUCAGGUUAGAAAAGCUGAAAGUUCGGAGGUCCAUAGAGAAACUGAAGAAAAAUAUAGUGUCUACAUAUCCACUGAUACAUGAACGAGUUUUGCUUCUGAUUACACAUUUCCUCAUAUACAAAAGAGAAUACGGCAGUAGUAUAGAAAAGGAGUUAUACAAGGAUAUGGGCGUGUCACAGUUUAUCGACAGGCUACUCAAGAAGAGAGCCGUCACCUUCAUGGGAGCGGCAGACUCCUACCUACUCCUGUCCGGGGAGAAAGGUUCAGAUGGCUGGGAGAGUGUGGGCACAAUGAAUCAGAAAGCGCCCCUGCUGUUGGAAAACUGCCUGAGCUAUGACGAGAUGAAGGUUUCUGCACUAGUGUAUGUAAGUGGACACACCGAGUGUAUCAACGCGGGGGAGCGACGCAACUCCGGCAUUGUAAGAGAGGACAACAUCGAGACUGAAGCUGUUAUUAUAGGAACAAUAGGGCCUCGUUUCCAGCGUGAAAACCGCAUGGACUGCGAGGAUAUCCUUAUCACUGCGGAGCAGAAUGUCCCGGAGCAAGGAUAUGGGGAGGAGGUGACCCCCACCACGUGCCUCAACGUAUUAAAGAACACGUACGUCAGGAACAGCUCGUCCGGCAGACAUAUGUGGCGACAGAUGUGGGCUGAGUUUUAUCAGGUACAUAGCUACACUUACGAGGAACUGACGGGCUAUAUCAGCAUUAGCAAUACAAAGGACGCACAGAAAAAGUACACAGAUCGGUACGUGAAGCUCUCCCGGCCCCACCAUAUAUUCGACAAUGAAGUCUACUACAAGCGGCUCUCUAUCAUCGCCGAUACUGUACUCAUCGAAGCUGAUCAUCGCGCUCAAUUGGAGAAUAAAAUGGCCUACGUCAAUGUUAUUGGUUGUGGUCUGGGCGUAUGGAAGAUAUCGAAGCACCAGGUGGACGUGUACGUACUGUCCGUGAUGGAGCGAGUCCGCCAUCUACUGCGCGGCGCCGCCCUGCAACAUGUCGCUGACCUCAACUUCGCAUACAUCACGCCCAGCGAUACUGUUCUCGCGAUGUUCUCAAACGUGACUGGUUCGGGUAAGACUGCAGAGUAUAAAACAUUCUUCGAAAACAAGAAACAUCCCAAUGGCGGCAUCAACGUGACAAUAAAGACCCGCGAGCCGUCCUCCAAGCUGCAGGGCCAGGACGCGGGCAAGCUGCUAGUCUUGACGUACCCCUGGGACGGGAAUGCACAUCCAGGAAAUGAAUUCUGGUUGGGUAGUGUGACGGGAUCUGGCGACCCUGCUGCGGCAUGUUCCACCCAGGUCGCAGAGCUACACAACGCUCAGAUCAACUCCGCAGUACGUGGGGACAAUACUAGAGUCGCCGCGCCCACUGGAAUCAGAACUCUUGCCAACCACUGCCAACAGCUAUCCGCCUAGACAAUCAAUACUUUA